CCGACUGCUCUGCCGCCGCACUCGACGAACUGCACUCGUUCUGUGAAAACCUUCACGCAAUUGAUCCGUUAGAUUCAACUUCAUUUCUCCGAUUGAUAUUCGAAUAAAUAUCAACGAUCGGUUUCGGGUUUCGGUUUCAUGAUAUCCGAUGCCAUUUGGAAAUCGUUAGUGUACUAUGUUUGAAUUUGUAUUUUUUUUUGUUUUUGUGAUAAAAAAUAAAUAAAUAAAUUAAAAAAAAAAACGGAAGAAAGCUGAGUGAAGACAACCUGUAACCCUUUUUUGCACCUUUUCUACCUGAUCUCUUGGCCAACAAGAGUAUUAGUCAUGAGAGUCAGAGCGGCUUUUGAAUCACCAACAAGCAUUAAGGCAAUAAAAACAAAAACAGUGGCGGUGGCAUCCCCAGCAGCAGCAGCAGCAACACCAACAACAACAAUAACAAAACUCAAUGAAUAAGCAGUGAACGCCAAAUGCCGUAAACUGUUUACAUUGCUCAGAGCAUUACUCACUCACCUCGCUCACUAACUCACUCACUCACUAACUCACCUGGCGAGUGAGGAAGUUUCCGGAGAGGAAGUGGAGUGAAGUGAAGUUUGCUACAAAAACAAUAACAACAACAAUAUCAAAAAGGGGAGCAGGAGAAGGAGCAGGAGCAGAGAUCGCAGCUGCAGCACUAGUUUCGAUUACGUGAGCAGAAAAUAAAUAAACAACACUCAAUACUGAUAACGCACACAGUGACACCGUAUUGAGUGCAAAAAAAAAGAAACAACAAAUAAAGUUAGAAGGAAACGAGAGAAAGGGGAGCCACCCUCUCUUCAACCCCCCCAACUGACUAUAGAAAAAAAAGAGAGAGUGCCGCAAGGAAAGUAAAAGAGAGAGAGAGCCGUGCGAUCAAGGAGGAUUACAAAAUAGAAAUAUAAUAGAUACUCUCAGUAAACAGAAUGAGUGAAGAAGAUAGUAUCGGCGGCCUGGAUGGCAACUAUCCCCCCCUGGAGGCACUGACCACCACCACGACGAUGGCAACCGAUGUGGAUGAGAGCGGCUUCUCCCAUCCCCUGAUGAUCUUCGCCGCUGUAAUGACUUUUCUGAUAAUGAUCGUGGGAAUUUGCGGCAAUCUGCUGACUGUGGUGGCACUUUUAAAGUGCCCCAAAGUGCGUAAUGUGGCAGCUGCCUUUAUUAUUAGCCUUUGUAUUGCGGAUCUGCUUUUUUGUGCUCUGGUCCUGCCCUUCCAGGGCCUGCGCUUCGUUCAGGGAACUUGGCGACAUGGGGAUGUGCUCUGCCGGCUGAUACCCUUCAUCCAGUAUGGGAAUAUCGGUGUCUCGCUCCUCUGCAUCGCCAUGAUCACGAUCAAUCGGUAUGUGAUGAUCACCCACCACGGCUGCUAUGCCAGGAUCUAUAAACGCCACUGGAUCGCGGUCAUGAUCGCCGCCUGCUGGCUCUUCUCCUACGGAAUGCAGUUGCCCACAUUGCUGGGGGCCUGGGGUCGCUUCGGUUAUGAUCCCCGGCUGCAGACCUGCUCCAUUAUGAGCGACCGGCAUGGACACAGCAGCAAGACGACACUCUUCAUCACCGCCUUCGUGAUACCCUGCCUGGUGAUCAUCGCCUGCUAUGCGAAGAUCUUCUGGGUGGUCCACAAGUCCGAGCAGCGUCUGAAGCGUCAUGCCACUAAGCAGAACUCCAUACCGAACAAUCUCCGGCCAUUGGCCACCGGAUCGGGAGCGGGAGGAGGAGCAGGAUCUCUGCCCUCCGGGGUGGCACCGGAUUGCCAGCCAGGGAAUCGCGUCUCCUCGGACAGCAGCAGCAGCUUCUCCACGGAUGUGCCGGAGACGGCGCCCAGCGGCGGCACUGGACAGAAGUCACCACCCACCCGGGUGAAGGAUCAGCGGGAGGUGCGGGCCAAGCGGAACGAGUGGCGCAUCACCAAGAUGGUCCUGGCCAUAUUCCUGUCCUUUGUGAUCUGCUAUCUGCCGAUUACCAUCGUCAAGGUGGCCGACAAGGACGUGGAGCAUCCCAGUCUCCACAUUUGCAGCUACAUCCUCCUCUACCUCUCCGCCUGCAUCAAUCCCAUCAUCUAUGUGAUCAUGAACAAGCAAUACCGGAAGGCCUACAAGACGGUGGUGUUCUGCCAACCGGCUCGUCUCCUCCUCCCUUUCGGGAAGACCAAUGGCGCCAGCAGUGCUGCAGAGAAAUGGAAAGAUACCGGGUUGAGCAACAACCACAGCCGCACCAUUGUCUCCCAGAUGUCGGGAGGGGCAACGGGAACGGGAUCGGUAUCGGGAGUGGUACAGGCGGAGACGGUAACGGUAACAACACCAUCAUCCCUGGAGCUAUUAUCCCGGGGACCGGAUCUGAUAAGCAAAUCGAAUGUGACACCACCGCCGCCCUCCGUCCUGACGGCGAUGGCCAACGGAGCAAGCAACUCGGAACGGAACAGCCAGCAACGGUUGCCGACCAAGAAGAACAAUCACUCCUACACCAACAGCGGCUUCAACAGCAGUCCGGGGAUCGCCACCAGCAGCUCCACCACCACCAGCAACAGCCUGUACCGACCCGGAGCUGGCUCCAUGGGCAUCGGAUCAAUGGGCAUCGGGAUACGGCGGAUAACGAUGGUGGGCGACGAUAUCAUCUUGGAGGAGGAGGAGACCUCCACGCCGACAACACCGACGGGCAGUUCAGCGCCACAGACACCGGCACCGCCGCCACCACUGCCCGGAUUAGUCCCAUCCCUCGUCCAUCCAUUGUCCAAAAGUGUCCAAACAACAACAACAACAAACAAGCCACACAUCUACAUGAACGUGGACAGUCCGAAGAGAAAUCAAAAUUAUAGCCAUUCCAGCAAUAAUACUAACAGUAAUAAUAACAGUAAUAAUAAUAAUAAUAAUCGUAAUCCCAAUACGGAUAAUCCCGAUAAUUCCGAUAAUCAGGAUAAUCAGGAUAAUACGAUUAAUGUAUCCGUUUCCGGCUCCAAGCUGACGGCAAAAAUCAAAUUCCCAAAAGACUAACGAAAGGCUUUAAUUCCAAAAUUUUAUAAAAAAAGAAAAAAGACAUCAUUUUUGGCUAAAAAAAAAAUCAAACAUAAAUGAUAUAAUAGUUCAAUAUCAUAAGCAAUUUUUUUUAGAUAUUCUAUAUUUUUUUUUUAAUAAUUAUUUUAGUAGUUUUUUAAAAUUGUGCCAUAGUUUAAACAUUAAAUAAUGUUUUUUUUUUUUUAAAUAUAAACUUUAAAGCUUAACCAAAUCGGAUAUUGGAGAGAUAUAUAAUUAUAUAUAUAUUAUUUUAAUUGAUUUUUCGCCUGGAUCUAAAAAAUCACACGCUUUCAACCAAAAAUUCUACUCUACUUUUAAUCUUAAAACUUUAAUCUUUAAACUCUAAAAUCUAAAAUCUACUUAGUCUUAGUUGAUAUCUUGUAGAUAUUUAUGGUGAGAAAUGCUUAGUAUUAACCAUAUUACUUAUAUCCGAUCCUUAUAGAGCACUUUAUUGAUUCAAGCUCGACUUCCAAACACAAACAUUCCACAUUUCCCCACUUAGGAACCAUCGCUCUGUAAAUGAAACCAGCUAUACUAUACUAUAUACUACUAUAUACUAUAUAUACUACUAUAUAUACUACUACUAUACCAUGUGCACACUCCAUUCGAAAGGCGAAAGACGAUCUGCGAUAAGCAAUCGAAUAUCAAAUAUAAACAUAAAUAUACUUUAGACCAAAAAUCUUGAGAAAUAAACACAAAUUACUCUCGUCA